ACAAUAAUUGAACCCCAACGCCAGUACUGGAUUGACCGACUUCGCGCGACCUUUCUGGUAGUACGUAGGCGCCUAAAUGAGCUGCAAUUAAUCAUUCCAGAUGAAAAUUGGUUUAAAAAUGUAUCAGGAAGUUUGUGACCUUUCCACUUUCUACGCUCAGAUCGUCAGAUUUUUUUAAAUGCACCCUCAGUAGGCUGCAAGGUUUGAGUAGAUCCAAAAAUCCUGUUUUGGGCUCUUUUACUACUAGGCAAGCAUUCAAGAUCUUUCCUAUCCUUAGGGGACCUGUAAGAAUAUAUGGGUCCCCCAUCAUGUACCCCAACCCCUUCCUUAAUAGUCAAUCAGAAAAUGCAGAUCUGAAACUGCUUGGAACAACAAUGCAAACUUAAUAUUGGCGGAACCGAUUGAUCUAUGAUAUCCAAAUUUUUAGGUCGAGUUCGGCGCUUUGGGGAAGUUCUCCGAGGUGUGAAAUCACGAAAGAGAUAGUAUAUUAUAAACUAAAUGGGAAUGAAGCGAACUAUUAAACUGAUUAGCUCAAAAAGAUGAAUGUUUACAGGUUCUCUAGCACUCUGGCAUUCCUCCACGUGAUUUCUUCUGAUGGGCCAUUUAGAAUUAGCAAGUUUUUCAGCCUAUCUAACAUAAGAGGAAGUAUCAAAUGCGAGUACCUUACGAAUUAUUGUCAAGCCUAGCCAAUUGCCUCCUUAAUGAAACUAUCUUCGAAAUUGUAAAGGGGCUUAUGGAAAUUCAGCACGUUACAGAACAGCACUUGUACCAGCAGCGGCUGCAGUUAAUUAAUAAACACAAAUUGGACGAACAGAAACUGUUGGGGAACGACUCUAGUCCUUUGGUAAAGAUAAACGAAAUUGAAAAGAUGAAAGACGCUCAAGCAACAGAAUUAAAACAGUUUGAUAUGUCACUCGUAUUACAAUUAGACGAAAAAGUGACCGAUCAGCAACAGACCUUGGAACAAGCAGGAGUUCCUGGUUUCUAUGUGACUUCUAAUACACUUGAAGUUAAAGUCCAAAUGCAUCUGUUAGACUUUAUACUUAGAUUAAGUAAAAUGAACAUGCCACUAUCACCAUAAUUUGUAUAACAUCAUUUAUUGUCCUUAUUUACAAUAGUGACCUUGUUGCCUCCAGAUAAAUAAUCAGUUACUACGGAAAGUACAGGUCACGUUAUAAUUACAUUGAGUAAAUAGUAGGUAGAGCAAAAUACAAUUGGCACAUCUACACUUUCUUUUUAAAUGAGUACAUAUAAAAAGGCACAAAUGAAAUUACAAUUUUUUUUUGAGUCUAUGGACGUUACAGCUGCAUCAGUGAGUUUUUUUCGGUGUGCUUUCCUUUCCGUACGAAGAUCCGCUGCUAAUUUUCGACAUUCCUAUCGUUUUGGAUAGAAGUCCGCUAA